UCGAGUGCAAACACUGCAGUUCAUCGCAAGCCCACAUUGACAAAAAUCUUAUCGUAAAACAUUUGUUAAUAAAUCAAUACUUUAAGCAUGCUUUCCCAUUGGUAUUGCGAAGGUCUUGGCUUGGCACUGUUAUGGUUAUUGGCGCUUGCUACCCCUACUCGUGCGAAGUUGCCGUCCACAAUCAGACCAUGCGCCCGCGAUGAUCCUGAAUUGGAGCGCUGCAUCAUUAACGCUGUCUACAAAAUAAAGCCACUUCUCGUUCAUGGAAAUCUGGGAGAUGGCUAUAAAACUCCUCCAUUAGAGCCAUUGUCGCUAGAUAAUAUCGAGCUAGGACGCAGUAGUCACUUUCAAGCAGUUUUUACGGAUCUUGAGGCCGACGGAGGGAGUAACUUUAUAAUCGACCGUCUAAUAGCCAAGCCGUUAGAUAUAUCUUACGAUCUUUGGAUUACCCUGCCACGCAUUGACUUUAGAGGAAAGUACUCAUUGCACCUGAAUUUGCUACUGCUAGAUAUAAAGGGAAGGGGAAACAUGCAGGGACAUUGUGAAAAUGCAAAAGCAUUUGUUAAAAUGCGCGGCGCUCGCUAUCUGCGAAAUGGUAAAGACUAUGUCAAAUUUACCAAGAUGACCAUGCGCAUUGAUUUCAAGGACUUUAAAUUGAACCUAGAAAACCUUUUUAAUGGCGAUCGGAUUUUGGGAGAUGUGGGAAACAGUCUGAUCAACAACAAUCAGGAAUUAUAUAUAAACGAAAUUGUGCCAGGCUUAGAAUACGGUCUUUCUAAAAAGUUUUUGGAUGUCGCGAAUGAAAUCCUAGCGACGGCGACCUUUGAUGAAAUGUUUCCCCCUGGAAGGACUGUAGUUAAUCCCAUUACAUAUCCGUCGUCAAAACCAUUAUCGGGUUCCGGUCCAGCUAUAUUUGAACACCCGGGCUCUUCUCGAAACCCCGAUGACAGCAUUUUAUAAACUCUAUAAGAUUGCAAUUUAUUUAUUUUCAAAAAAAAAAAUUUUACACCCUUUUUAAAGAAAAUUUUUUUUGUAAAAUAAACAACAAAAACAUUCAAAACAAGAUUUUUCGUUUGUGAUAAGGCCAAAAAGUGACUUACAACGAAACCAAACAUAGUUUUGAGCACCUUAUGA